AUGGGCGACAGUGGCAACGACAAAGAUGCUCAAGCUUUAAAAGCAAAAGAAAAAGUUAUCCAAAGCACCAUUUCAACCUCUCAUAAUCUCCCUCCACCAUCUCCAUCCCCGCGAUCGACAGGUCCUCCCGACGACAACCGAGAAAGUAUAGCACUUUUCCAAAAGCUUGAUCAAGGCGACACAAACGUUUCCUUUGACUCUAUAGUUGAUGAACGGAACAAUAAUAUCAAUGACCCUUCAGUGGAAGAUGACGAAGAGCUACUUAAGCGCGUACAAAAGCAACCUCAAGACAUAGUUUCUUCUUCGGACCAAGCCUCAAACACUAAUACGACCCCCCUAGCAAGCCAAAAAUCUUCACAGUCGCAGAGCAAUCUUGAAAAGAGAGCUCUCACUGCACCACGGUCGCCUGAAACCAUUAGAAAGGAGAGCUUUAUCCAACACCGUUAUAAUACUCGAAGCUCCUCCAAGAAUUUUCCAAGUUCAAGUCUCGGACCACCACCCAAGUUGGCAAGGCGGCCUCGAUCAGCGUCCACGAGUUCUCCUCUAAAGACUCCCACCCGACGCACUGUGAAAAUCGCAGCUACACCAAGUCAUUUGCACCAAUAUCUACCAGAAGAUUCACAAGAAGAUGACGCUACACAUUCACCACCGAAAUUGGACUCUGCAAACGUACCUGCAAGCGGUAAAGAGGAUCGCAAAGGCAAAUCUGUUCCAAGAAGUAGCCAGCCUGCCAAGGAUGAACCGAAGUCCGAUAGCAAAGGAAAAUCUGUUCCAAGCAGCAGUUCGCAUUCCAAGGAUGAAGCAAAGCCUGAUAGCAAAGUCAAAUCCAAGGAUAAUUCCAAACCGGAUAGCAAAGGCAAAUCCAAGGAUGAAGCAAAGCCCGAAAGCGAACUUGCAUACGACGCAAGAGAAGAACGCAGAAGACGUCGUUCGGAAGUCCCGGUCGCUCCAGUUGAACGUUUGAUGGUCUCCAAUGACAACCGUCUUUCUACAACGGAAAAAGAGCAUGCCCCUGACAAAGAGAAUUCUCCAGCUGGACUGAGUGACUUCAAGCCUUUCAUAGCGCGUCUUCCCACUUUCGGAAACAGCAAUGAGCCUAUCAAACGGCGACAUACGGAUAGCUACAAAGUGGCCACGACACCUGAACCACUAAAGGAAAAUAAGCCCAAGUGCAAGAGCGCGGAAGCAAACAAGACUGCCAACGACUGGUUCGCUGUCAAGCCAAGUAAUGAGAAUAUACUCCAGCCUUUUCAAGUGCGUUCUCCAUUCACUGAACGUCGCCUAAACCGAAACUUACUUGAAGAUUUUAAAGCCUUCACACCCACACCAACCCCUGCUUCUGAUGAAAUUUCUGAGAUGGUAGCUGUGAAGGCUGAAGACGAAGGUAUCCUGUCACUGGCACGCGAUUCUUCUACCGCAUCAACCUCUGCUUCUAACGAAGAGCCUACCGAAAAGGUCAUUGAAUGCAGUUCUGAGGUGAUAGCUGUAAAGGCUGAAAACGAAGGUACCUUACCACAGACACACGAUUCUUCUGCCACACCAGUUCAACCUUCAAGCCUCGAUUCCAAGGAACUCGACAAGCCCACUGGCGAAGAGACCACUUCACCAGAUGAAAGUGCAGUUUUCCAGAAGCCGAUCGAUAACGUUAAAAGGCCAAUGAGACCGUUACUUAGCAGACAGAAGACCAGCCGACAUCUUGAAGGGCCAGAACUUGACAGCGAAGAUGAGAAUGAACUGCUUCCUGAAGACGAUGACUACGUCAAAGAGGGAGACUGGAGCUGGAUUGAUGAUUAUAAUAAGGAUUCUGGAGCUUAUGUCCCACUUCCUCAUCCUCCAACAGCUGAAUCAAGCAACCAAGCUCAGUUAGAGGCACCCAGCGCCAGACAUAACACCUCGCGAAAGCGAAAGCUGGAAGAUGAAGAAGCCGGUCGGCCACGUUCUGUAGUCCCAAGAAAACAUUAG